AUGAGAGCUUUCAUCUUGGUAUCGUUGGCCGUUACGGUCGGAGUGGCAAUGGCCCGACCGGAACCUUACGGACACGGUGGUGGCGGCGUGGUCCAACCGGGACCGGCUGUGGAGUACACCUACCCGGCGGUUCCUCCGGCGGCCAAGUGUGGUCACAACCUGUUGAUCAGCUGUAAUCCGCACCAUACGGUGAUUCCUUGCAGUCAUGGUCAUGCUGGAGGAGGCCACGGAGCAGGAGGAGCAUAUCAUCAGGAGGUGCCGGCCGCGUCGGGACAUGACGAUCAGUACCGACACAAGAAGUGGCACAAGAAGAAGCAUCACAAGCAUCACCAUGGUCACCAUGGUCAUCAUUAUGGUCAUCACCGAGAUGCCAGCGAAAUGGGCGAACAGAUGGCGAUGGAUGAGGAGAUGCCAAUGGCGAUGAUGCAAUAG